AUCAAUCAUUGAAAAAAUCAUUUAUGAAAGACGUUAUCACAGUGACAACAGAGUUAAACUCCCUUGAUGAGUUAACUUGGUAGUACCAUGUUACAAAAACAUUUAUUUAUUUAUGUGUUGAAGACAAAAAUAAUCAUCUUUUAACAAUUUAUUAUUAUUACUACUAGUAAUUAAAACAACAAAACUCAGCAGCUCCAUAAAAACAAAAAGCAAAACAAACUAAACCCAGAAACACCGAUAAAGUCGGAGCAGAACUCAAUUCAACUCAACUGCCCCCACAAAACGCAGCCGGAGUUCAUCGUCAGCCGCCAGAACCACCGUUAAAGGCUAAGGUAGGAGGAAGAUUAAAGGAUUUCAUGGCAGGCACUGGCCUGCCUUCUUUGGGUCGUGUGAAGCUCUCUGAUUUAGUUCCUUCAGACGGGUUACCGUCUGAUUCCUAUAAAAUUUCAGUUUCAAUUUUGUCACAAUCACUAGCUCAGUUUUCAGCUGUGAUUGUUCAGUUUCCAGCAACUGAUGGGGCACUUCUAAGAUCUGGUUUAGAAUCUGCUCGUUUGUAUUUCCAUCAAAGAGAGACAUAUCCACCUUCUGAUAUAAUCCACCAUACUAGUGAGGCGCAUGAUUGGUGUAAAACUUCUGGUUACUAUGCAAAUCCUCAUUUGUGGCAGGAAACAUAUGAUUAUAGACCAGGUUUAACUUCUUCGGAACCGAAUAACUCGAUUGAGUUGCCUCCGGCUGGUUUGUCUGAUAUCUUUUCUUUAUUUGGAAAAGCAGCAAGGGGUAUUCUAGAUGCAAUUAGCUUUCAUUUGAACUUGCGAAGUUCUCCGUUUGUAGAAAUAUUGGAUAAUGCUCCCUUGAGAAAUCAAGAAAUUUCAUCUUCGGUUUUGUCUGUUUGCUGUCAUGGUAGGCCUUCUUUUCAAGGGCCACAACAGCAUCAUAAUAUACCUGCUACUCAAGAAGAUGGUCAAUUGCUUAUGUAUCCUGAUAAUGAUCAACAAGUUGAUAAAAGUUUGAUAUCUCUUGUUAAGUCCGACAGGGCAGGUUUACAUGUUAGAGAUUUUCAAGGUCGGUGGAUUCUAGUGGAUGGUGAUUUGGGGCCUCAAGAAGCUAUUGUUUUUCCUGGGCUUGCACUUCAUCAAGCAACAGCGGGAUAUGUAAACCCUGCAUUGCACAGAACUGAGAUUAAUAUGGAGGCUAAUAUGUAUGGACGGUGUUCUUUAGGGUUCAAACUUUUGCCUAAAUCAAUGACUAGUCUUGAUUGUUCAGAAAUGAGAGCGGCAGGUUAUGGAGUUGAAGCUCAGUUUCAGCUUCCUGUUCCUGUGGAUGAUUUUAUGCAAAGAUCUCAUCCUACCGAUCAUCUAUUUAACAGGCCUGCUUUCCAGUGCUUCAAUUUCCAACCAACACAUGAUGGAUCUAUGAAGAAUUUAAUACAGAGGAGGAAGCAAAAUCCCAAGAGCAAACCUCUGCCACCAUCCAAGAGGUUAAGGCUUGAGGCGCAGAGAGUUUUGAAAGAAAGAGUCCAAGACAUUGCAGAUAAGAAAGGCAUCAAGCUGCGCUUCUGUAAUCUCAAGGAAUGUGAAAGUCACAUUCACACCCUAGACAGUCCAUGUGCAAAUAUACGAAUGGAGAUAGGGUGGCCACCUGGAGUACCAUUUGUCCAUCCCCAUGAUUUGCCUAAUAAGGCAAAGCUGGGAUUUCUUGAAGCAUAUGAACCUGGUUGGACAGAUGCUCACCAAAACAUAGACAGGAGUCAGUCUCCCUGAAAUCCAGCAUAUGGACAACAUGCAAUCAAGUUGUGAAGGUCUUUUGAGGAUAGGCCUAUAGUUCUCUGUUGGCCUCUGAACCUAUUUGUGGUUAGGUUUUAGAGUUUAUGCAUCGUGAAGCUUCUGAAGCAAAUGAAAGAAAGGGAGAAAGAAAGACGCUGCAUUGAAUUCUGUAGAUGUUCUAUUAUAAGAUGUAUCAGAACCCCUUAAGAUUAUGAGAUGCUGAUCUAAUCAACAUGAAGCGUAGACUUGGCUGGACUUGAAUGCUCAUGCUGAUGGAGGUCUUACUGUCCAGAUCCAGAAUCUAUAAAAUGAUGAGAAAACAACAGGUUACAGAAUAAUAGAACUAUUAUGAGCUUCUCUCACUCGGUCAUGAUUAUGCACAAAUCGUCUAUUUUUCGUCUGGAGGAAUGCAGUGACUGUACACGGGUCUCUGCGGCAUGUUAAAUGUAACAGACCUUUUCUCCUCGAGUUAUUUUGAGCAGAAAGAAAGUUGUUUAAUUUGUGUGAAUAUCAUAGCUUUAUGUGGUGAGAUAGCAUUCCAGCAGGCUUUGUUAGUAUGAAAAUGUAUUUCGUUACAAUACUAUGUGAAAAAAUGGGGUAUAAUAUGUUUUCUUAUGCUGUGUAAUUGUAAAAAUAAAUGCUACCUGCAUUAUACCAGCCAACUACAAAGGAGUGUAAUAUUUACUUCCUCUGAAAUUUGGCCAGAUAAGAUUUUGUGUCAAAGAACUGCAUCAUAAUUAAGUUAAUUGUUCGAUUGGUGUGCGGCA